UGCCGCCGGCGUACUGCCAGAGCGCACCCUACUUCACCUACGGCUCGUACUUCGGUGGCAUGGGCGGGUAGCGGCGGCGGCGGCAGCAGCAACGGCGGCCCUCUAAACCUGUCGUACCAAGGGCACGGAGCCGAGUCGGGACUCUCGCCUGCGAUCGCGGGCAGCUCUGGAGCGCCAGCGAUUUCGACAAACGGGAACGCGUACAGCUCCGGCUCGGGGUUUGACGUGAUGGGCCAGCUGGGUUUUGGCUGCGUCGGUGACAUGGCGGCGGCCCAGUCGAGUUACCUGGGACAGAACUCCAUGGGCGGCUGCCACAUGCAGUCGACGGCGAAUGCGGACCCGCUAGGCCUCGACGAUUUGGAAGACAUCGACUUGGAUGGGCUCCAGGAAUUCCUGCAAGAAGGAACGUUUGGACAGCUGUCUCAUGGAGCCCUGGACCCUGCGCUUUUCAUGUCGCAGCCUCCGCCCUCUCUGGACUCCGUGUCGGUUCGUCAAACAAACGACCUCAUCUCAGACCAGCAGGCUUUCGCUAACAGCUCUGCGUACCAAGGAUAUGGUUCAAGUCAGCUCCAAGCGUCAUUUCAGGCUUCUCAAGAUAUGUUCCCCCAGCCUUUACCACUGGUGGUGGAAAAGGAGGAAGAGGUGGAGGAGGAUGACGCUGACGGGGAGGAUCUGGGCCACGCGGCGACGUACGCCGAUUACACGCCGGCCAAACUGUCCAUCGGGCGCAACCAUCCGGACCGCGUGGUGGAGACGAGCACGCUGUCCAGCGUGCCGCUCCCCGACAUCACCUACCACCUGCACAUGCCCGACUACGCCAUCUCCAGCGGCAAGCUCUCCGCCCUGCAGCUCGAGGCCAUCACCUACUCCUGCCAGCGGCAUGAGAGCAUCCUUCCCAAUGGGCAGCGUGCGGGCUUCCUGAUCGGAGACGGAGCCGGAGUUGGUAAAGGCCGCACCGUCGCUGGAAUCAUCCUGGAAAACUACUGCUGCGGGCGGAAGAAAGCGCUCUGGUUCAGUGUCUCCAACGACCUCAAGUACGACGCCGAGAGAGAUCUGAACGACAUCGGAGCUCGCAGCAUCCCCGUGCACAGCCUCAACAAGAUAAAGUACGGCAGCACGGAUCGGCGGAUGCGGGAGGGCGUCCUCUUCGCCACGUACUCGGCGCUCAUCGGCGAGAGCUUCGCCACGGGCACCAUGCGCACGCGCAUCAAGCAGGUGCUUGACUGGUGCGGGCCCGAGUUUGACGGAGUCGUGGUGUUCGACGAGUGUCACAAGGCGAAGAACCUGUGCCCCGUGGGAGCCGCCAAGCCCACCAAGACGGGCAAGGCCGUGCUGGACCUGCAGAACAAGCUGCCGCACGCCCGCGUCGUCUACGCCAGCGCCACAGGUGCAUCUGAGCCGAAGAACAUGGCGUACAUGAGCCGUCUCGGAAUCUGGGGGAAGGACACUCCCUUCAACACCUUCGAUGAGUUCCUGCAGUCGAUUGAGAGGAGGGGCGUCGGCGGGAUGGAGAUCGUGGCGAUGGACAUGAAGCUGAGCGGGAUGUACAUCGCCCGUCAGCUCAGCUUCCACGGCGUCACCUUCCGCGUGGUGGAGAUUCCGCUGCCAGAGCAGUUCCGAAACGUGUACGACCGUGCGGUCAAGCUGUGGCUGGAGAUGAUGGACAAGUUUGACCGCGCGGCCAGCGUCUGCCCGGACGUGUCGCGCAAGUCGCUGUGGGGUCAGUUCUGGUCGUCGCACCAGCGGUUCUUCAAGUACAUGUGCAUCGCGGGCAAAGUUCAGCAAGCGGUCACCCUGGCGCAUGAGGCGCUCAAGCAGGGCAAGUGCGUGGUGAUCGGACUGCAGUCGACCGGUGAGGCACGCACCCGGGAGGAGUUGGAGCUCGGAAACGGGACGAUCGACAAGUUCGUUUCGGCAGCUGGUGGAGUCCUCAAGGCUCUGAUCAAGAAGAAUUUCCCGAGCGGAAAAGCCAGAGUACGAGCCGCACCCAAGAGGAUAAUAAGACAGGAGUGUGCAGAUGCGUGCAGCAAGGCAGACAUGAAACGAAGACGGCUCAAUGAGCGGUGCGGCAGGAAGGGGAAGCUGGCGCGGCUGAAGGAGGGCGCCUCGGCCACCACCGUCACGCCGGCCAUGGCGGCCCUGCUGGGCUGCCCGCAGGCCCGGGACAGCGACGACAGCGGCCUGGAGUUCCGCAGCGAGGGCGAGAGCGACGACGGCGGCGCCACCGCGUCUCCGCUGCCGCUGGGCGCGGCGCCGCCGCCCCCGCUGGCGAUGCCGCCGUUCGGCUCGGCGACGUCCGCGGCGGCGGCCAUGAUGAACGCGUUCCGUACGGCGUCCGCGCAGCAGGAGAACGGGGGGCGGACCAUCAAGGUGGAGGAGGAGGAGGACGACGACGACGACGACGUCAUCAUCAUCACGCCGGAAGACCCCGCGCGAGCCAUGACGUCCGCGGCUGCCGUCCCCAUUGACUACACGGGGAUGCUGUUUGAGAUGAAGCAGGAUCUGCUGAGGAAGGUGGAGGAGCUGACCAAGGAUCUUCCCCUGAACACUCUCGACGAGCUCAUCGAGAAGCUGGGAGGGCCUUCCAUAGUGGCCGAGAUGACCGGGAGGAAGGGGCGCAUCGUGCAGAAGGCGGACGGCAAGGUCGCGUACGAGUCGCGUGCGGAGCCCGGCGUCCACAUCGACAUCGUCAACAUCAAGGAGAAGCAGCGGUUCAUGACCGGCGAGAAGCAUGUCGCCAUCAUUUCGGAGGCGGCCAGCUCGGGCAUCUCCCUGCAGGCCGACCGGCGAGCCGAGAACAAGAGGCGGCGCGUUCACAUGACGCUCGAACUCCCGUGGAGCGCCGACCGCGCCAUUCAGCAGUUCGGUCGCACGCACCGCUCCAACCAGGUGUCGGCUCCUGAGUAUCUCUUCCUCAUCUCGGAGCUCGCCGGAGAGAGGAGGUUUGCCUCGAUCGUGGCCAAGCGACUGGAAAGCCUGGGAGCGCUGACGCACGGAGAUCGGCGAGCGACGGAGUCGCGAGACAUGAGCCGAUUCAACUUCGACAACAAGUACGGCAGGGAGGCCAUGGAGAAGGUCCUCAAAUCGCUCAUCAACCAGAUCGACUUCCACUACAUGGUCCCACCGCCGGCUAGCUACGAGGGUGACUUCUUCGAAGAUAUGAGGCAAGGUCUGGUGGGAGUGGGGCUGAUUACGAAGGAUUACAAAGGAAACUACUCCAUUGAGAAAGGCAUGAACCAGUACUCGCACAAUGGCGUGCAGUUGGGACCGAAUCAAGCAGAGCUGGGCCUCGCCAAGUUCCUCAACCGGAUUCUGGGCAUGGAGGUGACGAAGCAGAACGCCAUCUUCCAGUACUUCAUCGACACGUUUGAAGUCACUAUCGACGCGGCCAAGAAGGAGGGCAAGUACGACAUGGGGAUUUUGGACCUCGCGCCUGGCGUGGAGGAGAUCAACGAGGAGAAGAAGCACACGUUCAAGAUCCCCUCGUCCAUGGGCAGUGGGCAGGUGGUGCUCUACACGGUGAAGGUCGACCGAGGAAUUAGCUGGGACCACGCGUUGGAAAGGAGAAAAAAGAUGACGGGACUGAACGACGGAUUCUACGUCAUGAAACUGAUGCGCUCGGGCCGGCAGAUGGCGAUACUCGCCGAGGAGUUUGACAAGGAGAAGAAGCUGUUCGUCAUCUACCGACCAAACACAGGAAAGCAGCGUCACCAGGAGGAGCUCCGUGACCUCAGCAGGAAAUACGACAAGGUCACGGAAGAGGAGGCGGAGGAUGUCUGGAAGUACCAGUACGACUGGUCGUUCGACAGUUGCAGCCACGCCUUCUGGAGCGGCCGCUGCCGGAACGUGGCGGCGCUCGGCUCUUGCUCGCACGGCGGCCGGCUGUGCCUGCACCACGUGCUCUGCGGCACGCUGCUGAGCGUGUGGCGCGGGGUGGAGGACGCCAUCCAGCAGGUCACCAACUCCACCAGCAUGCAGAUCGUGCGGCUGCAGACCAAGGAUAAGCGGCGGCAAGUGGGAAUCAAAAUCCCGGAGAACUGCCUGAGCAAGGUGAUGAAGGUGCUGGCCAACCAGGACCAGGCGCUGCUGCUGGCACGCGAGUCGGUCAUCGUGCCGUACCCCAGCAGCCCGUCGGCGUUGUUCAUCGACGAGACCUUUCCCGACGGCCUCAACGGCUAAACCCGGACGCUUCUGAGCCCCCACCACCACCGCCCCCCCCACCCCCACUAGCCAGAUAUCCCGAGCCGUAUCGCGUGGCGUCGAGGUGGCGGUGGGAGAGGAUUGGGGGGGGGGCGUUUGGGUUGGCGACCAUCGUAAGACUCGCCGUGUCGUGUCCCUGGCGGCGUCGGCGCCGUCGCUUCGCGGUGACCUCAGUGUGCGUACAUACGUGCAGUAUACGUGUAUAUUAGUAUUUACUCUGUGUACGUAUAUUUAUGUUGUAUUUAGAUGUAAAUGCAAACAUGUCCGCGCGCGCGUGUGUACAUAUAUAAGUAUUUAUGUGUGUAUUUAUAUAUGUUUGUAUAUAAAGUCAGUAUAUACAUUCUGUAAAGGGUAAAAAGAGAAAUCCAGUCCGUGUUUUCCCGCCCACCCGCGGAAAAAUCUUUUACAAACGCCGCACCGCGGAUUUUGUAAACGGCGGCGUCGGGACGGCCAGUGUCGUCGGUGCUCCGGGCCGGUAGGCGGCACCGUCGGGGCCCCCCCCCCUCCCCCCCCCCCCCGGAGCUCGGUCCCCCAUCGACGCCUCGGCUCCUGCCGAGGGGUCCGCGUCGUUUUGGCCCGUCGAGGGGCUCCUCCGCCGUGGGAGGUCGGAGGGGGAAGCGAAGCGGCGGCGGCGGCGUCGAUGGAGGCGGCACCGCCCCCCUCCCCCCCUCCCUCCAUCCCCUGCCCCCCCCCCCCACACCCCAUGGAGGUGCCGCUCGUACAAUCGUGACCUCCAGUAUUGUAGAAGGAAGUUGUAUUUUGAGGUUCCCUCCCACACCCCCCACCGCCGCACCCUUGUUCUGACUACAUUUGGUUUCGACUUUUAAAGAACCAAAGUGCCUUAUGAUACACAACUCCCUCUGCCAAUCCAGACGUGUGAAUGCAGUAUGCCCUCGACUCAUCUCCGUCGUCAAACUGAAGCCCGUUGUUGUUGUUGUUGUUGUCGUCGUCAUCGUCGUCGUCGUCGUCGUUGUUUUCCUACGGUGGUUUUAAUGAGCGUCGGCCAAGCCAAACAGAACCCACCAUCUGCUGUAGGAGGGGGGAGGGGGGGGUGUUGUGCUCGAUUGCGAACGUCAGAUCUGAAGAGUCCCCAAAACUUGCGCGUUAAGGAACGGCAUCACUAACUUUGUCUUCUUAGCCCGGCCGCUGGAACAGACUCGGGAAGCUUCUGUGUUGUUUGUGUGCGUAUGUAUCGAUAUAGGCGAGUGUAUGCGUAUGCGUUACGCACCUCCGAUAAGCAUGGUUGGAUACAUACGGUGCGACAGAAGUUCAAAAUACAUACGCGUCUGUGGAUGUGUGCGUGUGUCUCGGCGGCUAACGCGUUGCG